GUUUAGGUCCCUGGCCGCUUCGAGAAAUCGCUGGGCUGUUGCGCUCCGUAGCGAUUUUGGAUUCAAGCCUUGGCCGUAGAUUCGGAUCCUGUCCCGGACGAGCAGCCAGCAAGGGCUGCACCGCGAUAUGGCCGACCAAGCCGAGGAGGACUUGCUGGAGCCCGUCGCCGAGGCCGAGGCGGCGAAGAAAAAGAAAAACAAGAAAAAAAAGAAGGCCGACGAGAAGGACGGCGGCGAAGACGCGGGGGAUGCCAAAGACCAGCCCGACGCAGCGGCCGCGGGCGGCAAGGCAGAGGAUGCCAAGGGCGCCGAGGAAGAGGAGGAGGAAGACGGCGACGACCCGGCCGGCGCUGGGGCCAAGAAAAAGAAGCGGAACAGGAAGAAGAAGGCGGGCGGGGGAGGGGGUGCGGAUGACCCCCCGAGCGGCUCCGCUGGCAAGCAGUUCAGCGUGCCCGAGCAGGACAACACUGUGUUCAGACGGCUGGGCAACUGGCCCGCGAUCGAGAGCUGGCGGCAGUGCCCCGAGCUGAGUGUCCCGGUGGCCGACCAGUACCCCGACGCGGACUACCCGAUAGGGCAGAUUCAGGAGUACACGAAGGACAACGCUUUCCGCACCACGUCCGCUGAGAAGCGGGAGCUGGAGCGGCUCCACCAGUACGACUACGACAAGAUCCGUCUGGCGGCCGAGUGCCACCGCCAGGUGAGGCGGUACGCGCAGUCGUACAUCCGCCCCGGGCUCACCAUGACCGAGAUCUGCCAGCGCUUGGAGCGCAAGACGCACGAGCUUAUCAAGGCCAACGGCCUGGAUUGCGGCUGGGGCUUCCCCACUGGGUGUUCCCUCAAUUGGGUCGCGGCUCAUUACACGCCCAACUACGGCGACAACACCGUGCUGCAGCAGGAGGACGUCUGCAAGCUGGACUUCGGAGUCCAGGUUGGGGGACGCAUCGUGGACAGCGCCUUCACCAUAGCGUUUGAGCCGAAGUAUGACCCCAUCAUUGAGGCCACACAAGAGGGUACAAACACGGGCAUCAGGGAGGCUGGAAUAGACGCCCGCUUCACAGACAUAGGAGAGGCAAUUCAGGAGACCAUCGAGUCUUACGAGAUCGAGCUGAAUGGCAAGUCUUACCCGAUAAAACCUGUGCGCAAUCUGAACGGCCACUCAAUGGAGCCAUACCGGAUCCAUGCAGGGAAGUCCGUCGGGAUAGUGAAAAACGGAGACCUCACCAAGAUGGAGGAAAACGAGUUCUAUGCCAUAGAGACGUUCGCCUCCAACGGGAAGGGAUACGUAGUGGAGGAUCUGGAGUGCUCGCACUACAUGAAGGUGUUCAACGCGACACCCACGCCGCUCCGCGUCAAGAGCUCAAAGGCACUGCUGCACGCCAUCGAGCAGAAUUUUGGGACCCUGGCCUUCUGCCGCCGGUGGCUCGACGACGUCGGCCAGACGCGGCACAUCAUGGCGCUGAAGAAUCUGGUCGACAACGACCUGGUCCAGAGCUACCCGCCCCUGUGCGACCAGAGGGGCUCGUACGUCACGCAGAUGGAGCACACCAUCCUGCUGCGACCGACCUGCAAAGAGGUGGUCUCCCGCGGUGACGACUUCUGAGGGGCCGGCCGCGCCGGCAAGGACCCGCUGCACUCCGGGGCCUCCUGAGGGGACAGCGCCGAGAAGCAGUGCAGGCUAGCAAGGCACGCUCUCCUGACAAAAA